AUGAUAGAUAGAGUCGAGCGGUAGAAACUUAAAAAGCGUAGAACAUCAUUAAUUGAACUUCAUUCAUGGCUUCUAUCAUGAAGCAACAACAACGACGAGAUGACCAUCAUCAACAUGAUCAUGAUGCUCCUGACUUCAACUUGCGAGAAUGGGCUUUCAAGGCUCGUCUUUCUCGCGACAACACUAAUUCUCGAAGGUUUUCCGCUUCUCAUAUUAGAAGUUUUCGAGAAGACGCCCCGUCUUUUAGAUCAAACUUCACCAUUUCUAGCACUGCCUCUUCCCCUGGCUACACUUUAAGAGAAGAAAUCGACCCAUCAACCUACUCUUUCACCAAUGCUCUCAAAGCAUUGCAAGCGAGGACGGUUUAUAAUAGCUGGGAAUGUUCAUCUCCAGAUGGGUUUGCUUUGAACUCCAAGUGGAAUGAAGCUGAGAAGUAUAUAUGCAACCCUCUUUCAGGAGAGUUUCCAAUGGAGUGUUUGUCUGCAAAAACACUCAGUGGAAGAUCAUUUCGUAAUUUAACUAACAGAAUUACCAUGUCUGCUCCUCUUGUUUAUAACUCCUCUCACCAUUCACGAAAUAUGCAAACCAAUAAGCCUUCUAUGACUAUGCAAGAAGAAGAUGUAGCUCGGUUUCCAAUUCCAGAGAGCAAAAUGGAGGGGAUGACUAGAGAUGUGGGGACUCAAAGCACACCACCCCAUCUCAGUUCUGCAAGUCCAAGCCCUGCUUCCACCCCUUCAAUCAUUGAAGGAUCGUUAAAACGUUGCGAAGUAGAAGCCAGUGGAGACUCACCUAAUUCUGAUGCAAAGAUCAAAUCUGAGGAAGAGGUUGAAGUGAAAGAAACAAGAGAUAAUAAAGAAGAUAUGCAGAUAAAGAAAAGAGAUGGGUGCAGGUGCAGCAGCAGUAUGCAAGGAGGUUGCUUGUCAUGGAUGAGAAAAAGGCAUAGAGAAAAACACAAACCAAGAAGAAACAAACAUAAUAUCUUUCUUCCUCAUCUUAAAGGGUGCUAAAUAAAAUUAAAAUCAAACAGCUGGAAAUGGUAAAAGAAUAUUGGAAGAAAUCAAGAUUCUUUUUCACUCUCUAUAAGGAAUUGUGUUGUGUGUUUGUGUGGUGGGGAAAAUGAGAGCAAUCAUGUUAUGGCAGAGGAGAAAGAUAGUUUGUUUCUAUGGUAGUUGUUGUUUGAUUAGAGCUAGUAUGCAUUUGCUGUAUUAUUUUUGUUGCUGUUAUGGUGAAAUUGGCUGACAACUUUUUUGCUUCACGUGCAUGCCUUUUGUUUUGGCUUCAGAAUACAGGGGGUUCUCUAGGCCCCUCCUCCAUUUUUUUUUUUCA